AUGACAAAAUCAGAUUCACAAGAAGCUGGAUCCUCUCCUCUAGUCAAACAGCUGCUAGAUGAACCAGAGACUUUUACCACCAUAGACACUGGGUUUAUAUGUCUUUACAAUGUGGCCAGUUUAAGUGAUGAAGAAAUCUGGACAAGUGGAGCAAAAAAGUCAAAGAACAGAGCAGAGUACAUAGCAGUGACAAAAAGUGGAGAUCUAGCUUAUACUGAUACCAAUGAUAGAACUGUAAACAUUUUGAAGAAUGAGAAGAUGGAGGAGGUGAUCAGACUACUGAACUGGAGACCUAAUGGUGUUUGUAUAACCUACCAUGGGGACCUGCUGGUUACUAUGCUUAAAGAUAACAAGCAAUCCAAGGUUGUCCAUUACACCGGAUCUACUGAGAAACAAACCAUUCGUUUUUCAAGUAUUACAAUAUCAUUAGAGAGAACAGAAACCUGGAUAUUUGCAUGUCUGACCGGGGAGCUAACGCAGUAG